GUGUGAAAACGCCGAACAGUGCAGUAACGAAACAAGAGCCUUGUUUUGUUAAAUUUCCUGUGAUUUUACUCGCAUUUAGUACCGUUUGCUGCAACAAUACUAUUCCGUCCUAGCCUCGUCAUGGAUUCGAUGGUACGAUACGUCUCACCGGUCAAUCCAGCCGUGUUUCCCCAUCUGGCCGGUGUACUGUUGCUGUUUGGCACGUUCUUCACCGCUUGGUUCUUCGUGUUUGAAGUGUCCCGCCCGAAGCAACCGACCAAAGAAACCGUCAUCUUCAAGGAGUUGGCCAUCAGUUUGUUCGCGUCAUUGUUCCUCGGUUUCGGAGUGCUUUUUUUGCUGCUCUCGGUCGGGAUAUACGUGUAACGGGGGCGGACUUCACUAUUUACGGUUCAAAUACGCACGCAUUUCCUCAACUGUACUUUCCAGAAUCUAUCCCGCGUUGAAGGUGGAGCGGGCAUUUGUGUGAAACCGAACGUCUAGUUACACGGUUAACCGUCGUAUCCGUAACAUGCCAACAGUCCCGAACAAAGAAGUCUUAAAACGGCUUCGCCACUGUGUGGAAUAAUGUAGAUGUUCUAACUUGUAAGCAAAUCGUAAUAAGAAAUACAGGAACAGACCAAACUCGUCCCCACAGUCGA